UUUUAACUUUUCAUUUUUUUCUCAUCCAAAACUUUUUUACUAAAAUAAAGAAAAAAAAACACUCCCUUCCUCCCUCUUCAUCACGAAGGAAAAAGAAGAAAAACCAGUCUCAAUUUCGCGAUCCAGUUUUCUAGGUGAGGAUUACACGAAAUUGGACUGCAUUUGGAGUUGAAAGAGUUGAAAUUUGGGGAAACUUUUUAGAUGAGGAAUUGCUAGGUCAAACAUAAUCGUAGGGUACAUAAUGGAAGAAGACUCAGAGAAUGAGUCACAUAUAGGAGGUGGUGUAGAUAAUAAUAAACAACAAGUUGGUGGUACAGGGGAUGCUAGGGAAGUUUCUUCUUCUGGGGAUGCUGACAAGGAAGGAAAUAAGGUUUUGGAAGUGAGUCGUUCAUUUAGUACGAUCACGUCGAUUGAAGAUUUGGGUGGAUCUCGUGAAGAAGAAGGCAAUUUCGAACAGGUGAACUUGAAAGAUCAAGAAAAGAAUUUGCUAGAAUCUGCUCAGGGUAAUGAGUAUUCAAUCAGAUCAUCUGAUUCAGAUAAUGUGAGUCAGUUCUCUGGGAACGACGAGAAUUCAGGGUAUUUUGGUGACAACAGGGACAGUUUUGAGAUGCAAGACAGCAUGGGCACUUGGUCUGAGAAGCAGUUCGGUCGUCCUAUUAAACAAUCUUCAUCUGCAGCUAGUUUUGAUUCUCAAUCGAGUUUCUAUGGAGAUGCGUAUGCUUCACCUACAGGUUCACCUAUUAAACACAAGCCCAAAGCUGUAAUGCCCAAUGUAUCCCCAGAGCUUUUACAUUUGGUGGAUUCUGCUAUCAUGGGAAAAUCUGAAAGCUUGGAGAAACUUAAGCGUGUUGUAUCUGGUCAGGAGAUUUUUGGAAAGGGAGAGGAGGGUGAUAGUGUUGCUGUAUUGGUAGUGGAUGCGCUUAUUGCAACAAUGGGUGGUGUUGAAUCUUUUGACGAGGGGGAAGACGAUAAUCCUCCUAGCGUUAUGUUAAAUUCUAGGGCUGCCAUUGUGGCUGGUGAAUUGAUCCCUUCUUUACCAUGGGAAGUUGAGUACGAAGGACUCAUGUCACCUAGGACGCGUAUGGUCAAAGGACUGCUUGCAAUAUUGAGGGCCUGCACAAGAAACAGAGCAAUGUGUUCGACUGCUAGUCUUUUGAGAGUUCUUUUAGGGUCAGCAGAGAAGAUUUUUGUUCAUGAAUUAGGUUCGACAACAACACAGACACAUUGGGAUGGUACUCCUUUGUGCCACUGCAUCCAGUUUUUAGCGGCACAUUCUCUCAAUGUAAUGGAUUUAGACAGAUGGCUUAAGGUCAUCACAAAAACACUUACCACAGUGUGGGGGAAACCCUUGGUGCUAGCAUUAGAAAGGGCUAUAAGUGGAAAGGAAACACGGGGUCCAACAUCCACCUUUGAAUUUGAUGGUGAAAGUUCCGGUUUACUUGGUCCAGGCGAGAGUCGCUGGCCUUUCACCAAUGGUUACACAUUUGCAACAUGGAUCUACAUAGAAUCAUUUGCUGACACUCUAAAUACAGCAACAGCUGCUGCUGCAAUUGCAGCAGCUGCUGCAGCUAGGUCAGGAAAAUCCUCUGCUAUGUCUGCUGCAGCUGCCGCAAGUGCCCUAGCUGGUGAGGGUACGGCACAUAUGCCACGGUUGUUCAGUUUCUUAUCUGCCGAUAAUCACGGGAUAGAGGCGUAUUUUCAUGCUCAGUUUUUGGUAGUUGAAAGUGGUAGUGGAAAGGGAAAAAAGGCUUCCUUGCAUUUUACUCAUGCAUUUAAACCACAACACUGGUAUUUUAUCGGACUUGAACACACGUGCAAGCACGGUAUAAUUGGAAAGGCCGAGAGUGAACUCAGACUGUAUAUUGAUGGUUCUUUGUAUGAAAGCCGACCAUUUGAGUUUCCUCGGAUUUCUAAGCCUCUUGCAUUUUGUUGCAUUGGAACAAAUCCCCCCCCUACAAUGGCUGGUUUGCAAAGGCGUAGACGUCAGUGUCCUCUCUUUGCCGAGAUGGGGCCUGUUUACAUUUUUAAGGAGUCAAUCGGCCCAGAGAAAAUGGCCCGCUUGGCUUCUAGAGGAGGAGAUGUACUUCCUUCUUUUGGUAAUGGAGCUGGGUUACCAUGGCUAGCAACCAAUGAUCAUGUGAGGAGUUUGGCAGAAGAAAGUUCAGUUUUGGAUGCGGAAAUUGGAGGAAGUUUACACCUUCUUUAUCAUCCAAAGUUGCUUAGUGGCCGUUUCUGUCCAGAUGCUUCCCCUUCUGGUGCUGCAGGAACCCAUCGUAGACCUGCUGAGGUUCUUGGGCAAGUUCAUGUUGCUACACGCAUGCGCCCAGCUGAGUCUUUGUGGGCUUUGGCCCAUGGUGGACCCAUGUCUUUGCUUCCAUUGGUAGUUAGCAAUGUGCAGCAAGAUAGCUUGGAACCAUUACGCGGGGCUUACAAUUUGUCUUUAGCCACCACCUCUCUUUCUGCCUCAAUAUUCAGAAUUAUUUCAAUUGCGGUUCAACAUCCUGGAAAUAAUGAAGAACUGCGUCGCACUAGGGGGCCUGAAGUUCUGUCUCGAAUCUUAAACUACUUGCUGCAAACUCUGUCGACCCUGGAUAUUGGAAAGCAAAAUGGAGUUGGAGACGAGGAACUAGUUGCGUCAAUUGUAUGUUUAUGUCAAUCCCAGAAAAACAAUCAUGCACUGAAAGUGCAGCUUUUUAGCACGUUGUUGUUGGAUCUGAAAAUGUGGAGUUUAUGCAACUACGGAAUACAGAAGAAGCUUCUCGCAUCACUUGCAGACAUGGUUUUCACAGAGUCGUCAGCUAUGAGAGAUGCUAACGCUAUGCAGAUGCUUUUAGAUAGUUGCAGGAAAUGCUAUUGGGUUCUCCGUGAAAAGGAUUCUGUGGAUACCUUUUCAAUGAAUGAAUCACAACGCCCAGUUGGGGAAGUGAAUGCUUUGGUUGAAGAACUUUUAGUAGUUAUUGAACUCCUAGUGGGAGCAGCAGCUCCUUCAAUGGCAGUUGCUGAUGUUCGCCGUUUGAUGGGGUUUCUAGUUGAUUGUCCACAACCUAACCAGGUUUCCAGAGUCUUGCACCUAAUCUACAGGUUGGUGGUACAGCCAAACACAUCUAGGGCUAACACAUUUGCCGAGUCAUUUAUCUCUUGUGGUGGUGUGGAAACACUUCUAGUACUGCUGCAACGAGAAGCAAAAGCUGGUGAUCAUGCUCCAGAAUAUGCAGGCAAAAAGAAUGAUGAAAAUGUGUCAGUUCAGGGAAUUGUUCAGGAUUCUUCCGGGGUUGAUCAAAGAAGCACUGAUGAAGUGCUAGUAUCUUUUGGAGGAAAGAAAUCUGUUUCUCGUGAAGGGGGUUCUCAUCUACAACAACAAUCUUUUAGUUAUGGCAGCUCUUAUAUGGGUUCAAUGGGUACAAACAUAGAAAGAUUGUCAUCUGCCACUGAUGUUAUAAAGAUUUUGGGUGGUAUUAGUUUUUCAAUAAGUGGGGACAGUGCUAGGAAUAAUGUCUAUAAUGUUGACAAUGGUGAUGGUGUUGUUGUUCGAAUCAUCAGCUUAUUAGGUGCAUUAGUAACAUCAGGACAUCUGAAAUUCGGUACAAGUGCCCCUCCUCAGAAUACGUCCAUUAGCAUUCUUGGUAAUGCGGCGCAUGAUGGAGGGGGAACAAUGUUUGAUGAUAAAGUGUCUCUGCUACUUUUUGCUUUACAAAGAGCUUUACAAGCUGCUCCGCAGAGGCUUAUGACAAGUAACGUGUACAUGGCCUUAUUGGGUGCAUCGAUAAAUGCUUCUUCAACAGAUGAUGGGCUAAAUCUUUACGACUAUGGCCAUCAGUUUGAGCAUGUUCAACUUUUGUUGGUUCUUCUGCGUUCACUUCCAUCUGCCUCUAUGGCAUUCCAAGUUCGAGCCAUACAGGAUCUUCUGUUUUUGGCUUGCAGUCAUCCAGACAACAGAAGCAGGCUCACAGACAUGGAUGAAUGGCCAGAGUGGAUUUUGGAGGUUCUUAUUUCUAAUUAUGAGAGGGGUUCGAUUAAAUAUUCCAAUGGUGCAACUGGUGGAGACAUAGAAGACCUCAUACACAAUUUCUUGAUUAUCAUUCUAGAGCAUUCUAUGCGCCAAAAGGAUGGUUGGAAGGAUGUUGAAGCUACGAUUCAUUGUGCAGAGUGGCUGUCUAUGGUUGGUGGAUCUAGUACAGGAGACCAGCGCACCAGACGUGAAGAGUCAUUACCAGUAUUCAAGAGGAGGCUCUUGUGUGGCUUGCUGGAUUUUGCAGCCAGAGAACUGCAGGUCCAGACUCAAGUCAUUGCGGCUGCAGCUGCUGGAGUUGCUGCCGAAGGUCUAUCACCGAUUAAUGCCAAGGCAGAAGCAGAGUUUGCUGCUCAGCUUUCUGUGGCGUUGGCGGAAAAUUCAAUUGUGAUCCUAAUGCUCGUCGAAGACCAUCUACGUCUGCAGAGCCAGUUAUUUAGCAACUCGAACUUGGUGGACGGAACUGAAACUCCCAGUUUAUCAGCUUCCAGUGUUGAUAAUUGCUCAACUUCGGUUGGAAAAAGUCCUGUAGAAUCUUCAGAGGUUUUGGUUCCACGAAGGUCAAACUCAUGUGAUUCUGGAGGGCUUUCUCUUGAUGUUCUUGCUUCAAUGGCUGAUGCAAAUGGACAAGUUUCUGCAGCAGUUAUGGAACGCCUUACUGCAGCUGCAGCAGCAGAACCGUAUGAGUCUGUUAGGUGUGCUUUUGUGUCAUAUGGUAGCAGUGCUUCAGAUUUAGCAGAGGGUUGGAAGUAUAGGAGCAGGAUGUGGUAUGGUGUAGGUCUUUCCUCGAAAGAUACUGACUUUGGUGGUGGAGGCAGUGGUCUGGAUUCUUGGAAAGCUGCUCUAGAAAAGGAUGCAAAUGGAAACUGGAUUGAGCUGCCUCUGGUAAAGAAAUCAGUCGUCAUGCUCCAGGCAUUGUUACUAGAUGAAAGUGCACUAGGUGGUGGUCUGAAUCUUGGUGGAGGUUCUGGUACAGGAAUGGGAGGAAUGGGUGCACUCUAUCAAUUAUUGGACAGUGAUCAACCAUUCUUAUGCAUGCUCAGAAUGGUACUUGUUUCAAUGAGAGAGGAUGAUAAUGGGGAAGAUGGUAUUUUUAUGAAUGUUACCAUGAAUAAUGACAUAUCAGAAGGAUUAAAUUCCCAGACAGGAAAUGUGAUGUCAUCAGAUAGCAAUACGCGUUUGUCAACAAGGCAACCACGAUCUGCAUUACUUUGGAGUGUGCUUGCUCCAGUUCUUAACAUGCCAGUUUCAGAAUCUAAGAGACAGAGGGUGUUGGUUGCAGCUUGCAUUCUCUAUUCUGAGGCCUGGCAUGCGUUCAGCAAAGACAGAAAGCCUCUUCGUAAGCAGUAUCUGGAAGCUAUUUUACCGCCAUUUGUUGCUAUUCUGAGAAGAUGGCGACCACUGCUUGUCGGUAUUCAUGAAUUUACUUCUCCAGACGGUCAAAAUCCUCUUGUUGCUGAUGAUCGUGGUUUAGCAGCAGAUUCGCUUCCUUUGGAGGCUGGUCUCUGCAUGAUAUCUCCAGGGUGGGCAUCUGCCUUUGCAUCUCCACCAGCAGCAAUGGCAUUGGCCAUGAUUGCAGCUGGUGCUGCUGGUGGUGAAACCAUAGCACCCGUGAAAACCACACACCUAAGGCGUGACAUAUCUAUGUUUGAGCGAAAGCAAACUAGGCUUCACACGUUUUCAAGCUUUCAAAUGCCUCUGGAGACUCCUACAAAAUCCCAGGUUGUUCCAAAGGACAAGGCUGCUGCAAAGGCUGCUGCCUUGGCUGCCGCUCGUGAUCUUGAACGCAAUGCUAAAAUUGGUUCCGGAAGGGGUCUUAGUGCUGUUGCUAUGGCAACAUCUGCACAACGGAGGAGUUUAAGCGAUGUGGAGCGUGUGAAGAGAUGGACACUCUCCGAAGCCAUGGGAACUGCGUGGAUAGAAUGCAUGCAACCGGUUGGUUCUAGAUCAGUUUCGGGAAAAGAUUUUAAUGCUCUGUCUUAUAAAUUUAUUGCAGUGUUAGUUGCAAGCUUUGCCUUAGCAAGAAACAUGCAGCGGUCAGAGAUGGACCGACGCACACAGGUUGAUGUAAUAGAUCGACAUAUUAUAUCUACUGGAGCUCGUGCGUGGCGUAAGCUCAUUCAUUGUUUAGUUGACAUGAGAGGUCUUUAUGGACCUUUUGGAGAUAGUCUGUACAAUUCUGGCCGAGUAUUCUGGAAGUUGGACUUAAUGGAGAGUUCUUCUAGGAUGAGAAGAUAUUUGAGGAAGGAUUACAAAGGGUCUGAUCAUUUGGGUGCAGCUGCUGAUUACGAAGAUAAUCAGCAAACUAAGCACAACCAGGAGAGUAUGAUAUCUUCUUCUACUGCCUCUAUCCUUGCAGCAGAAGCAAUAACAAUAGAGGAAGCAAAAGAAGAUGAUGAACAUACAGAAACUGAUACGUUGGAUGAUAAAACAUACCCUGUGGGUCAGAGUGGAGAGAAUGAGCAGCGGCUGUCAGCAACUGCUGAGCAACCUGUAUCAGCGUCAACGGAUCCUAUUGUUUCUCCAGUAGCUGGUGAUGAGGACUUGGUCGAAAAUCCAUCAGCAGUUGCACCUGGAUAUGUUCCCAGUGAAUCUGAUGAAAGAAUUAUUCUUGAACUUUCUUCGUCAAUGGUUCGACCUUUAAGAGUCACCCGGGGAACCUUUCAAAUAACAUCCAAGAGGAUUAAUUUCAUAGUCGAUGAUCAUGUUGAUGAAAAUGUUGCGGAGGGCGGGUUGGAUCCGAGUUCUGAGAAAAAAGAGAAAGAGAAAGAUCGGACCUGGUUGAUGUCAUCCCUUCAUCAGAUGUUUAGCAGGAGAUAUCUUCUGAGAAGAAGUGCACUGGAGUUGUUUAUGGUUGAUCGGUCGAAUUUCUUCUUUGAUUUUGGGAGUAUUGAUGGGCGAAAAAAUGCGUAUCGAGCUAUUGUUCAAGCACGGCCUCAUCAUUUGAAUAAUAUUUACCUGGCAACACAGAGGCCUGAACAACUUCUUAAGCGAACUCAGCUGAUGGAGCGAUGGUGUCGGUGGGAGAUUAGCAAUUUUGAGUAUCUUAUGCAGCUUAAUACAUUGGCUGGUCGUAGUUACAAUGAUAUCACUCAGUAUCCCGUCUUUCCCUGGAUUCUUGCUGAUUACAGCUCUGAAACUUAUGAUCUUGGCAAUCCUUCUACUUACAGAGAUCUCUCCAAGCCUAUCGGAGCAUUGAAUCCUGAUCGUCUCAAGAAGUUCCAAGAGCGAUACUCGAGUUUUGAUGAUCCCAUCAUUCCUAAAUUCCAUUAUGGUUCACAUUACUCAAGUGCUGGAACUGUGCUGUACUACCUCGUAAGGGUUGAGCCAUUUACUACCCUUCAAGUUCAACUGCAAGGUGGCAAGUUUGAUCAUGCAGACAGGAUGUUUGCAGAUAUAGGUGGUACAUGGAAUGGUGUUCUUGAAGAUAUGAGUGAUGUAAAAGAGCUGGUUCCAGAGCUAUUUUAUCUACCAGAGGCUCUUACCAACGUAAAUUCAAUUGAUUUUGGUACAACACAACUUGGAGGAAAGCUAGAUACGGUCAGACUUCCGCCUUGGGCUGAAAAUUCUGUUGACUUCAUUCACAAGCAUCGAAUGGCUCUUGAGAGUGAGCAUGUUUCUGCUCAUAUGCAUGAAUGGAUCGACCUCAUAUUUGGAUAUAAGCAACGGGGAAGAGAGGCUAUAUCUGCCAACAAUGUGUUCUUUUACAUAACCUAUGAAGGAACCGUUGAUAUCGAUAAAAUUUCUGAUCCAGUGCAGCAGCGUGCCACUCAAGACCAGAUAGCAUACUUUGGACAAACUCCGUCCCAGCUAUUGACUGUCUCUCACUCGAAGAGGAAGCCAUUGGCGGAUGUUCUUCACCUGCAGACAAUCUUCCGAAACCCGAAGGAGAUCAAACCUUAUGUGAUUCCAAAUCCUGAACGCUGCAAUGUACCUGCUGCUGCUAUGUAUGCAUCAGCGGAUUCUGUUAUAGUAGUUGACAUAAAUGCUCCUGCUGCACACGUUGCUCUGCACAAAUGGCAGCCAAAUACACCUGAUGGUCAAGGAACGCCGUUCCUAUUUCACCAUGGUAAAUCUGUCUCCAACUCCAGUGGUGGAGCAUUUAUGAGAAUGUUCAAAGGUCCAGCUGGUUCUGCUUUUGAAGAUUGGCAGUUUCCCCAAGCUCUAGCAUUUGCAACAGCUGGAAUCAGGAGUUCAUCUGUAGUUGCUGUGACAUGUGACAAAGAAGUCAUUACUGGUGGGCACGCCGAUAACAGUAUUAAGUUGAUAUCAUCAGAUGGAGCAAAAACCAUAGAAAGAGCACAGGGUCACUGUGCUCCAGUUAGUUGCCUCGCUCUUUCGCCUGAUAGCAAUUACCUCGUUACAGGAUCUCAAGAUACAACCCUAAUACUUUGGAGGAUCCAUCGAGCAUCAACAUCAAAUUCAAGCACUAUGUCAGACUCUUCCUCUGGUCCUAGCACUCCAACUUCUAGUAGCAGUAGUAAUUUAGCUAAUCUCAUAGCUGAUAUUACCAGGAAGCGUCGUAUUGAAGGCCCCUUGCAUGUUAUGAGAGGUCAUUUUAGGGAAGUAAAUUGCUGCUGUGUAAAUUCAGAUCUGGGUGUUGUAGUUUCAGCCUCCCAUUCUUCAGAUGUUUUAAUUCAUUCUGUAAGGCGGGGUAGGUUGAUCAAGCGUUUAGCUGGAGUGGAGGCAAACUCAGUAUGCCUUUCCUCUGCUGGAAUUGUUAUGACUUGGAACAUGUCACAGCAAAAGCUCUCCACUUUCACGUUAAAUGGGGUUCCAGUAGCGACUGCAUUCCUUCCUGCUUCCGCCACAAUUAGUUGCAUGGAAGUUUCUUUUGAUGGAAUGAAUGCCUUAAUCGGUACAAGUUCCUGUCCAGAGAAUGAUGCAACAUUCUCUGAUUUCGGAUCAGAUUUAGAUCGAGAUGCAGAUUUGGGUAACGGAAAGGAGAGUGAAAACAAAUUGGUUGUCCGGCCACCUUCAAUUUGUUUCCUCGACAUGCACACACUUAAGAUAUUUCAUUCGUUGAAGCUAGCAGAUGGGCAAGAUAUAACGGCUCUGGCUUUGAACAAGGAUAACACGAAUUUGUUGGUAUCAACAGCAGAUAAACAGCUGAUAGUGUUCACAGAUCCAGCUUUAAGUUUGAAGGUUGUGGAUCAAAUGCUUAAGCUCGGGUGGGAAGGGGACGGUCUCAGUCCUCUAAUAAAAUGAAGCGACAGUGAUGGAAUUGGAUUUCGCAAUAUUUCUUAAAGAAGGAAACUAUUACGCGCCAUCCCUGGAAAUCAUCAUCAAAUCCCUGGGAUCAGGUUUGAGUCACCUCCCAUUUAGAGCUUAGGCCAAAAGGAUUUAUAAAUGUUUUGCGGAUAGGUAAUUUUGACUCGCUGACCUUGAGGUUGUAAUAUAUUGUUGUAUCCUUCUCGCUGAAACGGAACAACUCAACAUUCUUUUGUUAUCAUAUAUGAGCCACACAUAGUUUGUAACGGGUUGUUUGUCCCUGCCCUCUCUUGCCAUCGUUGUAUGUCGGCUACCUUGGUGAAAUGCGUUCGGGCUUCAGCCACUCCCGGGAAAAAUAAUCGUAUAGUUUUGUAGUGAAUUUUUUUUAAUCUGGUUCUGGAGAAGAGAUUCAGAAUAUCAAUGCUGGAGAGCAUUUGUAAAUAAGUUUUACAGGUCGAGAUUUCAAUAGAAUGGUUUUGGUUUUGCUCAUCUUUUGGGAUGUACAGUUAUUUGUUAUGACCUUGAAAUGGAAGUGGGAAGUGGUUUUCUGUGAGCUUCUAUACAUUCAGUGUGUUACGUGUUGAUACAGAAAGUCUGCUUUUAAGGUAUACAAAUUUAAUUACUGAAUUAGAACAUUUACUUCAGCUUCACCU